UAUUUAGUAUUAACAAGAAACAAAUACAGAUGAAAUAAAAGAGAUCGAGGUUGGUUUAAGCCUGAAAGCUCAGCCUCACAAGUUAUACCAGAUACCGGACUCUCUCCCUCUCUCUCUCUCUCACACACACACACGUCGGAUCGAUAGGGCUCCUCUGAGUAGUUCGUCAAUUGGAGGUUAACGAUGAGUCGUUCAGAAACUAUUAUCUUCGUUUAAAGAGACUAGAUCCUCUAAGUUUCUGUUCCGGGAGGCUAAAUGUACCCCAAUUAUACUUUGAGAAGCUAAUUGCAACCUGUUGCCCUCUUUUUGUCCUUUAGUACUUACUUUGUUUUCACUAAUAAGUUGAUAUCUGGAAGGAGAAUGCUGAACAACUUGAUGAUAUGUUAUUGGGUGGAGUCUAUACCAGAGAUGUAAAAUGCUUGUUUUGUAGUGGUCCUAGCUAGCUCCAACAUGUGGAAUUUUGCAUCCAACUGUCUGGCUGGAACUAGAGGGCUCAAGAAUGAUGUGCUGAAGCCAACACAAAAUUCAAUGGAUUGCUCUGAUGACGAUGUUUCUUCCCAUACUAGUAGAGAAGAAGGUUUGGAAUGUCCGAUAUGCUGGGAAUCUUUCAACCUUGUUGAAAACAUACCAUAUGUUUUGUGGUGUGGACACACACUAUGCAAAAACUGCAUCCUAGGACUACAACUGGCUGUUGUGAAAUUUCCCACUCUUCCUCUUCAGCUCCCACUCUUCAUAUCCUGCCCCUGGUGCAACCUCUUAUCACUUCGUCUAGUUUAUAGGGGGAACCUGAAAUUUCCUCGUAAGAACUUCUUUCUUCUGUGGAUGCUUGAGAGCAUGAACGGUGAUAGAGGGAAACCUCAUUCCACCAACUGUGGGGAUCAUCAGGGGGUCUGUCCAUCUAGCACGAGAUUGAUGGGGAAUACCGAGAGAAGCGCCAAUUAUUUCCAUCUUUCCGAACAAUCAGGUUCAAGUCAUGAUGUAAGUCAGUUCAAUAGUUAUCAUCCCUUGGAAAGGCUGCAUUUGUCCCUCAGGAAGUCCCUUGUUUUCUUCGUUCAUCUGACAGCCAAAUUUCCCCUGGUCAUCUUUUUUCUUCUCAUCAUAUUGUAUGUAAUACCAGCCAGUGCUGCCAUCUUGGCACUGUACAUAGUCAUCACAGUCGUCUUCGCCCUUCCAUCCUUCCUCAUUCUGUACUUUGCUUAUCCGAGCUUGGAUUGGCUCGUGAGAGAGAUUGUCACUUGAGAAAUCCUCUCCUCGUUUUCCUUUUGCUCUAUGGAAUCCAUCUCUCUUUGAAUCUUUCACAAUGCCAAGUCAAUAAUACUGUUUCAGGUUCUGGAAGGUUCAACAACCUCCCAGAUUGCUGAGUUAGUGUUUAUCUCUGUAGCAGCUCCAUGAGUAGCUGUGCAGUUCUUCUUACAGGUACCCUUUUGUUUAAAGGUCAUUCGAGCUUUUCUUGGGAAUAGGGUCUGGGUUAGUUCAGCGCCAGAGGUGCUCGAACAACGGCUCGAGGCAUUUUCUAGAAGUGUCAUCUGUGUAUAUAUUUGUGGAUGGUGGUUUUAGCCAUGAAUGAUGGCUGAUUUUGACAAUGGACUCUCUCUCUCUUUAUUUAUGGUUUUCUCAACUUAUUACCUCUAUUUGGGACUCUACAUGUACUCAAUUAUUUAUUGUGUACAUAAGUUAGGACAAUUCUCUCAGUUUAGAGCUAGUGCUUUGCUAUUUCUUUUCUUAAAGUUUAGAUGGAGCUUCAUUGCAAGCAUGAUUCUAGUACGGUUUGUAAAUGAGUCAAGUGGAACAAUUUGAUGUUUGUAGCAUGAUUCAAGCAUAAUUUACUUAUUUAGCUAUUUUUCUGA